AUGAAGACAUGUGACUUUCGAGAAGCACAACCACGAUCGAUCGGUGAACAACAACGCAAAGAAGGUCUCCUCUGUGAACUGGAACCUUGUGCUCGUUAUGGAAUGAAACCUUGUGGUCAAUCUCGAUGUUUCCUAUGUAAAUCAGAACGAAACAUGAUCGUCAUUCAAUAUGCUGAACAACAACUACAUACAUUUAUCAAUGGUUAUCAAGCCAUUCUCAAUUGUCCAGCAACAUGUGAAACAUCGAAUAUUAUCUAUGCACUAACAUGUCCUUGUGGUGACUAUGAUUACAUCGGUUCAACAUCCAAAUCUUUGUUCGAUCGAAUAUCAGAACAUCGUGAAGAAGGUCAUCGAAUCAUUCGAGAAUUUCUCUUUGGACCGGACAAUGUCAAGAUGAUGUUCAUUCAGAGUCAACGAAACAAAGAACCCUUGGCCAAUCCAUACGAUCAAUGCCUCUAUCAUCAUUCAUCACGUUGUCAAUCUGGUUUACAACGAUUUCUCGAUCGUAAUCCAGUCUAUUGGUGUUUCGUACCACAAACGUGUGGUCGUGUGUCAUUGGACAACGAACAAUUCUGGGAUGCCAAGAAGAAGAUGAAGGAUCAAAAGAAUCGAACAUCGGCAUUUACUGCUGAUCUGACGGUUCCCAUGGAAGAACAUAAUCGAUCGUUAUCAAUCUCAUCAGCCACUGGAUCAAGCAAGUCAAUGUUUUUCGAAGCUAUUGUCGUUGAUAUGAAACGAACACAAGAAGAUGCACAACGAUUGAUCCGUGAUCUACCGGGACCACCGAAAGGUUACGACUUUUCUCUUCAACAACGUCAAGAACAAUUCGAUUUCUUUCGUGAGAAACGAGAACAACGUGUCGUUCCUUCGGAUUACGUUCAUCUCUACAAUUAUUCGAUGGUUGCUGUUUUACCGAUGCAUUGUUCACGUAAUCUACGACGAUUUAUCGAAUCACUUUUCAUUACACAUGCCGAAGCAAAACUGAAUUUAAUCGGUCGAUUGACACAUCCCUAUCCGAAUGUUUCAUUCGAUAGUACUCAUCGUGGUGACUGGUGUUCAGGUUUAAUUCAUCCAACCAUGGCUAUGAACAGUGAGACUUUUUAG